AAAACAUCACACGGGUCAAAGUAUAUCUGCUAGUACGUCUAGCGCUAUGAUUGCGUUUCUCAUUCCAAAUCAAUUUGUGUUGUGAUAACAGUUUUAUAAUUAGGUGUCUUUUCAAUAAUGUCGCAGUCAUUGAAGCAGCUCUGGAAACACUCGUCGAGCUUAAUCAUUUUGGGGAAAAGUGCCGAAGCGACAAAAAUCAGUAAUUUUAAUUACAAGGUGCUUGUACUUGAACGUCCUUCAAAAGCAUCGUAUCCAGGAGCGUUGGUGUUUCCGGGUGGAGUUGCUGAACAGAGUGAUCAAGUUGAAGAUUGGUUGAAAUUUUACCGCAAAUUCGGAAUCGAUGACACAAAAUUCACAUCAAUUUUUAAAAAAUGUUCAAACCGUUCGUUCAUUUUCAACCACGACAGCAGCAACAUCAUCAAUCGAGAUAUUUCGCUUCGUAUCACGGCUAUUAGAGAAACAUUCGAAGAACUCGGUGUUCUUAUUUGUAAAAAUAAAGAACAGUUAAAUGAUUCGAGUUUAUUUUCGAAUUUAUCAAAUAAUUUCGACGUUGCCUUCUGGCAGAAGCAGGUUUACAAAGAUGCAUCGAAUUUCUUGAAAUUAUGUGAAGAAUUGAAUGUAGUGCCUGACCUUUGGAGUUUGCAUGAGUGGUCCGUUUGGUUAACACCGACUUUUAAACGUCAAAAAAGGUUCGAAACAGUAUUUUAUUUGGUCGGUGUGAAAGAACAGCCAAACAUUCAAGUGACAAAUGACGAGGUGCAGCGAUCGCUGUGGCUAACACCAAAGGAACUUCUUGACUAUAACAAAUCCGGUGAGAAUUGGUUGCCUCCACCACAACUAUACGAAUCAUCACGAUUAAACAACGAACCAAAUAUUGACAAAAUCGUACCAUUCGCAAGAGAACGCGGCAUGAAUGCACCGACAACACUUAUAUUCCCAAUGCAUUAUCACACAAAAGAUGGCAUCAUUCAUUGCUACCCUGGUGACGAUUUUUAUCCAAAGAAUCCUAAUUAUAUGGCCACCGAACAUGAUCUGGAACAGUAUGCAGAAAAAACAUGUGACGAAUGCCGAAAAAUGGCCGAAAAUCUGCAUCGCAUUGAACUGAAAUCGUUACAAAAUGUUCAAAUUUGGCAAAAUGUCAAACUACCUGAUAACCAUCUUAGUCCACAAACAACUCCAGAAUCAAAACUAUGAAAACAAAAUCGAUGUACGAUAGUUGAUUUAAUAUUUAACGAAAGCACACACAAUUAUCGCAAACAUAUCGAAUUGACGAAUAGCAACAUACAAACAAUGUGUUGCUAGCAUAUUUUGCACAAACAUUUUUUAUCGCCCGAUCAAAUUUGGAUAACGUUUUAUCGUUAAUUUUUACAACAUAGAAAUGCUUUAUAUCGUAGAUAUGAUUGUUUAUUAUCUGUUACUAUAUAUAUUUUUGUUGUUUUUGUUGAAACAAGUGAAAUAAAUUUUUCAGCGAUUUUAUUUUGUAAAG